CUCAGUCUGACCACUACUACCGUCGCAUCGUAUCGGAGACCCCGCGCGCCCCUGCGGCUUUGGAUGUGUUUAUCGCGGAGUUGACAUGAACGCCACAGCAUCCACCUCGGCGAUGGCGACGAACAGCGAUGAGGACGUCUUUGCCCAUGUCACGGAAAGACUGCUUCGCAUCGGCGCCGUCCCCGUUCCACUCUACCUCCAGGAGCCUGCUCUCGCCGCCCUAUCACGGAACGCUCUCGCUGCUCUGCCCACUCAACAGAAUGUGGCCCCAGCGCCCGCUGCUGAGCCCACAAUUACACGAGCGGUGGCGCGUUUGCAUCAGGCGUGUCAGCAUACAUUUGGGAGCACGGAGGCCCUGAGAUACGAGUUCGAGGAGGACGCGGUGACUUUCGGAAAACGCUGCAAACUCACGAUUACACGACCGAACGGCGCCUCGCGCGUAUACAACUCCCCCACUGCGCACCAGCGGAAGUACGAUGCGAAGGCGCACGUGUCCACAGUCGCGCUCGAGAACGGCGCAAUCGACUUCAUCAUCUCCGGUGAGGGUACGGGCACGCCGGAAGUAGAGCAGCCGCCACCGCCACCUCAGCCAGAGGUCGAAUCUGUAGCGGAGAUGGAUGAAUCGGUGAAGGCCAUUGAACAGGCUUGUCUCAGUCGAACGUCUGGUCGUAUCAAGCCGUUCUGGUUACUCAUCCACGAACCCAAGUUCGGACGAACACAAGGUUGCGCUCUGCGUAUACGGCUUGGCCCCCGCAACUCAAGGGUAUAUUCUGUCAAUACGAUAUACAACAGCGCCGCUGAGGCGAAGAAGGCGUGCGCGGAAGCUGCUCUCGCUGAUGGCGUCCUGGACUACAUCAUGACAUGGUCGUCGUCUGGUCCAGAUAUGAUCGUUGACGAGCCUGGCUCGGAGUUCCCUAAUUCCUCAAUAGGACUCCAACAGUUCUUCGACGCUCUCCCUCAACCGUUUCCCGAGCAAGUGGCCGGGAAGACUGCUCUGGACAUCAAUGGACCAGCGUGGCUCAAUACCACGAUUCAGUCAGCGCGUGGAGGGAAGAUCGUUCCCAACUUCGUGUGGACCGUCGACACCAGGCUUGGCUACCAUGGGUGUCUUCUGCGUCUUGAGCGACCGGGUGAGGUCAAGUCAUAUCUUGUUGAUGCUCGAUUUUCGAAGCGCGCAGAGGCCAAGGCUGCCGUGUGUUUGCUUGCGAUGUCGGAGGGCGUCGGUGACUACAUUCGCAGCGUGGCCAAGGCCAUCGAAGACAGGCUGCCGCCUUCGUUGCGGAAGCAAGCCGCCGAAGUCCUUACUCCCUUGCUGAACAGCGAGUAUCGCAAGGCCCACGGGCCAGGCAUGCAACCGCAUAUCGAAUAUGAUAUGGACUUAGAUGCGUGUGGAGCCACGAUGAUCGUCGAACUAUGUCCGUCGCCGACACCUGAGCAGGUGCGGAAGUACACCGUCCCCGCUGAGUAUCGCAAUCGGAACGACGCCAAGCUUGCUGUCAUCGCGCGCGCCGUCGAGGAAGGGGUCAUCGAGUUCCUCCGCUACAAGGGCAGACCCCCGCCCCCCGGUUAUAUCCCAUACUACGCGCAGCAGCAGGAUAAUCAAUUUGCGAACCGGAAGCGCAAGCACUGGGAAAACGGCGGCAAUGGCGGGGAGUGGGGGGCCGGUCCAAGCGAGGGGGGCUGGCAGAACUUCAAGAAGCCCCGUAUCAACGGGGGCUACAACAACAACAACAAUCAUCAAGGUAUGCAAGGUGGUGGGUUUGUUCCGCAGGGGCAGGGAUACCAGAACCAGAAGCCUAUGUGGAACGGGCAGAAGAAGUUCGCGAACAAUACGUCCUGGUCGAGACCCAACGCUCCUGGCCCCGGCCAAUUUGGCAACGCGGCGGGCCCCAUGCACCCUGUCGGCCACUUUCAGCCUGGGCCUAGGAACGUCGGCGUCGGCGUGCCACCUGCGCCGCCUGCCGCCCGCAUGCCGUAUCCGGCGGUGGGCGGCGGUGGCCCCAUGCCUCCUCAGCCUGCUCCGUAUGGGUAUCCUGUAGGCGGUAUACCUCCCGCGCAAGCUCCGUUCUACGGUCAGGCACAACCGCAGCCACAGUACCCGAGUCCGCCGAUGCAAGUUCCUCAGUAUGGCGCGCCGAAUAGGAUGUAUGCUGGCUACUAUCCUCCUCAACCGCAACCGCCGGUCGCAGGUGCUCCGGCGCCCAUGCCUUAUCAGCAGCAGCAGCAAUAUCCGUACGGUGCUACUUAUACCUCCUUUCCCGGCCAAGGCCAGGUCUCGGGGUAUCAGUCGUACUCGUCCGCCCCCGUGCAGUACCCGACUCCUCCAGCACAACCUGCCUAUUACCCUAUGCCCGGUGCUCCUAUGCCCGCAGCUGCACCUACACCUCCUGUUCCGCCUAUGCCUGCAUACUACCCUGGUAUGCCGGGCGUUCCGCCAGCGAACAACGCGGGCAUCGCGGCUGCGAACACGCCGCUUGCGCCGUACCAGACACCACAUACGCCUCAGCAACCCGUUCAGCCUACUCCUCCUGUCCAACCUACUCCUCCUGUUCAGCCUGCCCCGCCCGUGCCUGUACUGCCUGUGCCUCCUGUUACGCGACCGCCGCCGCCGCCAGUCGUUGCUGUUCCUCCGACGACACAACCUCCGCCUCCACCUCCGCCGACUCAACCGCCUCCACCUCCGCAACCAGCUCCACCGUCAGUAGCGCCACCUCCGCCCCCUCCACCUCCACCGUCUACCUCUCCCCCGCACCCACCCGCCAAUGGUGUAUCUUCGAAGAGUCAGGUCAAGUUGCAGCCCACACGUCCCAUCCCCAAACCGUCCACUUCCGCGCCCCCGUCGCAGAACGGGAAGUCUAAUAAACCCCCUAAGAUCACGAUCGCUGUUGAGUCCAAACCCAAGACGAGCGUCACAGCGCUCUACGAUCAUUGUCGGAACGCCGGCAUGCCCACUCCUCAGUUCUGCCACGAGAUACUGAAGGGCGAGCAGGCCGGCGAGCCGCAGCAUAAGGUGUGGGUGAUCAUCGGGAAGAUGAAGUUCGAGCUGCCCAUCACGUUCGCGAGCUUGAGCCAGGGCCAGGAGAAGGUCGCGAAGAAGGUGCUCGACCAGUUCCGCCAGACUUCGGCGGGGAAGGCAGCCAAGUCAUGACGCUCGCUCGUCCGCUCCCACGUCGCCUCGUGGCUCUAUGCAUGGUAUCCGUAUAUCUCUCCUUCGGUCAUGGUCUUUAGUCCGGUCCUAUCUUAGCGCUUCCUGAGAGGGUUUCUGCAGAGCCUCUUAAUGCUUUCUUGUAUGCCGCAUGCUUUCCAGUCGUUCAUGAAUCC